AGUUUCGCAACAGCUGGAGAUACCCUGUUUGGGAAACACUGGGAUACAGAAACAAAACUAAACUUCACGACUCCUCCCACCCAUGUGACCGCCCACCUGACCGUGACGUCAUCCCUGGUGUCUCCAGUUUAUUGGAGCCCUGGAGUGUUGAGGAGCGGAGCAGCCGUUGGUGACAGCCGGGUGUUGUGCUCUUCUAUUAUCGGAAUCGCUGACAUGGCUUCCAGUGCCGAGCAGGAGACACUGCUGUGUGGAAACUGUAAACGUGACAUUCCCGUGGAUAACUUUACCAUCCAUGAGAUCCACUGCAAGAGAAAUAUCUCCAUGUGCAAGCUGUGCAAAGAGCCCAUUCCCAAAAGUGACAUGGAGGAUCACUAUGCCAGUGAACAUGUCCCGGUGACUUGCAAAUGUAACAUGACCAUGGAGAAGUGUGCACAGGAGGAACACGAGAUAUCUUCCUGUCCCUUGCGUAUGGCCAAAUGCCAGUUUUGUGAUCUGGAAGUGACCUUUAAUAAACUAGGAAACCAUGAAGAUUAUUGUGGAGCGAGGACAGAACCAUGUGAAAAGUGUGGUUCCAGUGUAAUGAUAAAGGACCUCAAUGGCCACCCAACAGUGUGUGGCAAAGUAAAGCAGCAAAAGAAACAAACGAGUGUCCAUAGUUGGGCAGACAACAGAAACUAUGAGGUGCCGUCCCUAUCUUCUCUGAACAGUAGAAGUACUAUUGCAGACAAUUUUUAUUCUCGGAGGAGUGUCCCAGAAAGAUUUUAUGGAAAAUCCAUUUUAAACCAAUCGUCAAAGAAAUUUGAUGACUUAAACCAAAACACCCGGAGAGAACAAAACGGAGGGAGAGGACAGCCUAAUGUGGAUCUCAACAUAGAUAGUCCACUGGAUUUACUUCAUCAGUUUUUGGAAGAAACACCUAAAGCAUUCAGUGAUUUCCGCUCUCAGAACCGUCAGAACACACAAUCUGGUCCAGAGCCUGCUGAUCCCUUUACUGAAAAUAACCAAGACUUCUGGCAUGACUUAUACUAUAAAGAUAAUAAAAUGAAGGCCAAUGCCCAGGGCCGACGUAACCUUGACUAUCUCCCCAAUGAUGACUCUAUGCACUUAAAUUCCCCCAGCACUCCUACUGAUGACGCCAUCCAACUACCCUGUGAGUUCUGUGAAAAGCUCUUUCCUGAGGAGGAUCUUAUCUUACACCAGUCUGGUUGCAGGCCCAGUGUUUCUUCCUCAGAUAGACGAUGUUCUCCCAGUCCUCCGCUGGACUUUGAUGAAAUUCUCAGAUCAUCCUCCCCUCCUUCUCACAAUCCUCAGAGUGUGCUCAUUCCAUGUGAAUUCUGUGGUGUUUUAAUGGAAGGGGAUAUCCUGUUUCACCAUCAGGAUCAGUGUGACAUGGGUCCAAACUCUGAGAAAACAUCUCAGUUUUCUACUCCAACUUUUGCUGAUGAUGUCUCCCCAGCUGAAGAAGAUCACAGGAGUAAUACUGGGCCAACAGCUUCCCAGUUACAUGGUCCCAGAACAGCACUGGGGGGCCAUACUGCAGUCUUUUCCAGGAACCAAACAAGGGCUAUUGCAGAGAACACAAGGAGGGAUCAUAACAGAAUUGACAAUCUGUAUAGGUCAACUAACACCCAUCGCUCCAAUCUUGAAGAGAUGAGAAAAAGGAACAUAGAAGAGAAUGCCAGUAUGGUCAGACACCAAUACCAGGAUGUAUUUGGUCCUACAGGAGGAGCAUCUAACAGGACUACUGGCACCAGAAACAAGUAAUUUCUGUGUAUUUUGUCGUUUAGCCAAAGAAGAUGAUAAACACAAGAUCAGAAGAAGUUGACAAAGAGGAGUAACAUUCCCAUAUGUUCUUUAGAGAAUAAUUCUCUUCUAUUAUAUCUUAUAUUCCACUUGUGUAAUAAAGAUUCUAUGAAAACAAAGCGCUUUAUAAAGUGUGGGCACAAUCUAUCACUGUAUUCCUAAUGUAUGUGAUAGCAGAGGAGGGCUGUAUGUUUUAUCUAUGAUGUUUCUAUGUAUAUAUCUUUUGUAUGUGUCUUAAAUGUAACAACCUCAGAAAGCAUCCUUAUUUGUAAGAAUGGGGUUUGUGUCAAUUAAGUAUCAUUUAUGUACCAGGACAGUCAGAUUAAUCUUGGCAACAUACUUACUGUUUAGUCCUAGAGCUGAAUUCUCCGAGACUGCUCCGAUGUGGAUGGCACCUUCCAUAUUGUUGUAGUCUGAGAAAUCUCAGUGUUGUAAUAGCAGUUUUAACAUAAGCUGCUCAAGCUAUAAAACAUAUAUAAUA